GGGGCUGAAUAAAAGGUGAAAGGUCUUCCCUGUGACUUUGUGUGACUUUGAGCGUGUCAGAUAGACGAGUGUCCCUGUAUAAAUAGGAAAACUGAGGCUCCAGGGAGCUUAAGACAGUGGGGAUUGGGGCUCCCUCCCUGCGUGGGACCUGUCCACCCCCCCGGGUGGGGAAUAAGGGAACCGCAAGGCCCCUUGGGAGUGGAAGGGCUCCUUGUUGCUAUGGUGUCUUCCUGAGGCCCGGUACCAGCCCCGCCCCCCGCGAUGCUGCUGGCCCCGACUGGGCUCAGGCUGAGCCUGGCCUUGGCCUUGGCCUUCCUGGGCUCCCUGGUUGUAGGCUGGGCCUCUGCCCUGGCCCCCAUCUAUGUCAGCAGCUGGGCCGUGCGGAUGACCCAAGGUUACCAGGAGGCCGAGCGCCUGUCACGUAAAUUUGGCUUCGUCAACCUGGGACAGAUCUUCCCUGACGACCAGUUUUUCCAUCUGCGGCACCGUGGUGUGGCCAAGCAGUCCCUGACUCCCCACUGGGGCCACCAGCUGCGCCUCAAGAAAGAGCCCAAGGUGCAGUGGUUCGAGCAACAGACACUUCGGCGGCGGGUGAAGCGCUCCCUGGUGUCACCCACGGACCCCUGGUUUUCUAAGCAAUGGUACAUGAACCACGAGAUACAACCAGACCACAACAUCUUGAGGGUCUGGAACCAGGGACUGACAGGCCGAGGUGUGGUAGUCUCCAUCUUGGAUGACGGCAUUGAAAAAGACCACCCAGACCUCUGGGCUAAUUAUGAUCCUCUGGCCAGCUAUGACUUUAAUGAUUAUGACCCUGACCCACAGCCCCGCUACACGACCAGUGAUGAGAACCGGCAUGGGACACGUUGUGCUGGGGAGGUGGCCUCUACUGCUAACAAUGGAUUCUGUGGCACUGGCGUGGCAUUCAAUGCCAGGAUUGGAGGUGUGCGCAUGUUGGAUGGUACCGUCACUGACAUCGUGGAGGCUCAGUCCCUCAGCCUACAACCUCAGCAUAUCCACAUCUACAGUGCCAGCUGGGGCCCGGAGGAUGAUGGCCGCACGGUGGAUGGCCCUGGCAUCCUCACCCGGGAGGCCUUCAGGCGUGGCGUGACCAAGGGCCGCCAAGGGCUGGGCACACUGUUCAUCUGGGCCUCGGGCAACGGUGGCCUCCACUACGAUAACUGCAACUGUGACGGGUACACCAACAGCAUCCACACGCUGUCAGUGGGCAGCACCACGCGGCAGGGCCGAGUGCCCUGGUACAGCGAGGCCUGCGCCUCCACCUUCACCACAACCUUCAGCAGCGGCUUGGCCACAGACCCACAGAUUGUCACUACCGACCUGCACCACCAGUGCACGGACAAGCACACGGGGACCUCGGCCUCCGCCCCGCUGGCCGCUGGCAUGAUUGCCCUGGCUCUGGAAGCCAACCCGCUGCUGACCUGGAGGGACCUGCAACACUUGGUGGUCCGCGCGUCCCGGCCGGCGCAGUUGCAGGCGGAAGACUGGAAGUUCAACGGCGUGGGGCGCCAAGUCAGCCACCACUACGGCUACGGGCUACUGGACGCGGGGCUGCUGGUGGACCUGGCGCGCGUGUGGGUGCCCACGCAGCCGCAGAGGAAGUGUACCAUCCGGGUGGUGCACACCCCCACCCCCAUCCUGCCGCGGAUGCUGGUGGCCAAAAACGUGUCUGCGUGCUCUGAAGGCCCGCGCCGUCUCAUCCGCUCGCUGGAGCAUGUGCAGGUGCAGCUGUCGCUGUCCUACAGCCGCCGAGGGGACCUGGAAAUCUCCCUGACUAGCCCCAUGGGCACACGCUCCACUCUAGUGGCCAUCAGACCCUUGGACAUCAGUGGUCAGGGCUACAACAACUGGAUCUUCAUGUCCACUCACUACUGGGAUGAGGACCCACAUGGUCUGUGGAUGCUGGACCUGGAGAAUAAGGGUUACUAUUUCAACACUGGGACCCUGCACUACUACACGCUGCUGCUCUAUGGAACAGCUGAGGACAUGACAGCACGGCCCCCAGGCCACCAGGUGACCAGCCGCACAUGCGUGCAGAGGGACACAGAGGGGCUGCGCCAGGAAAGUGAAGGUGAUGGUCAGUCCUCCAUCGUGGCAUGGCUCUGUGUCCUCUCCAGCUGGCCAACACUCAACAGCCACACACACCAGGCAGUGACCACUGGAUGGGUCAGCUGUCAUCCUGUUAUACCUGCUAGGGCAGAUUGACCAGCGGCUACACUGCCUGUUCCUGUCCACCAGGCUGGGCGAGCUCUGGGGUUCUCCCUUGGCCUGCCACCCCCAGUUACCAGUGUCAGGGGCUGUGGUGCUGGCCCCUCACUGGACAGGGCCUUGGGGAACCCACUCCUCAGCCUCAUGUCUGAGGGAGGCCCACCCUAGGCUGGACACUUUACUGAUACCAUGUAUGCACACCACCGGGAAAGCUGGGGACCCUGUAUGCACACCACCGGGAAAGCUGGGGACCCAGAGACACAGGACUCAGAGGACAGAGGUGGGGGGCACUGUCUCCCUGGGUACACCGCUUCUGAGGUCUGCCCCAGGAGUCCUUGAUGGGCCACCUCCAGCUGUGGGCACAGCAUAAGCUGUAUAACACCCCACAGUGUGGCCUCCAAGUGGAAAAGACAUCUUACACGUUCAGGAUCAGGGCUAUGGGUGGGGUGAGCAGAGGCCAGACCAUAGCCACCAACCACCUCUCCCUCCUUCGCCACCCCAGAAUCUGUCCAUGGGCUCCAGAUCUGACCUCAUAGUUGUUAAAUAAAGGUUGAAUAGAGGAUGCAAGUCUGUGGCCUCCUUUGAGGUAUGGGGGCCAGUGUCCCCCAAACAAGCCAAUCUAAGGGAGACUCUGCCCCAGGUCCGAGGAUACCCCCCAAGCAUGGGAGGGCAGCAGGGAGGAGAUCAUGGCCAACGUGAGUCCCACUGUCCAUCCACAUGCUGAAAUACCAUGCAGCCAUGAAGGGGAAGCAAAGCUCUGGCACAUAGGACCCCCAUGGAUAGGUGGAGCACCAACAUUUAUUAAGCACCCCCUGUGUGCAUGGCAGUGAUCAGUGAGUCUGUUCCCAUUUGCUACCGAGCCAGGGGGUCUCAAACUCUUGUCCACCCAUUUU